GCUGCUCACGUGGCCCGCAGCAGUCAUGUGACGGUGUGCGUCUUGUUCAAGCGGAACAGCCGUUGAGCACGUCGAAGGAAGUUUCUGCCACAAAGAGGUGAUUGGAGUUCAGUGAUGUUCGCCCGUGUUUUGUUGACGUGUUUGCUGGCCGUGUUUCAGUUAGGCUCGCGGGCUCAGUACGCUCCUGAUGAGGUGACCUACCUGCCAGGGAUGAAGUUCAAACCGAACUAUCGACAGUGGUCGGGAUUCCUCCAGGCACAGCCCGGAAAGUAUCUCCAUUAUUGGUUUGUGACUUCUCAAAGGGACCCGGUCAAAGACCCUCUGGUGCUCUGGCUGAAUGGAGGCCCAGGCUGCAGCUCGCUUGAUGGAUUCCUGUCAGAGAAUGGACCAUUUCAUGUCAAUGAUAACGGGGCCACACUCUAUGAGAACCCAUUUAGCUGGAACAAGAUUGCCAAUGUGCUGUAUCUAGAAUCUCCUGCAGGUGUGGGAUAUUCUUACUCCGAUGACCAAAAGUAUGCGACCGAUGAUGACCAGGUCGCUGAUGACAAUUACAAAGCCCUCCAGAGUUUCUUUGCUAAGUUCCCAAAUUUCACUCAAAAUGAGUUCUUCAUCUUUGGGGAAAGUUAUGGUGGCAUUUAUGCACCAACUCUUAGCCUGCGCGUGGCUACUGGAGCUGCCAAAAUCAACUUCAAGGGCUUUUCAGUGGGAAAUGGCCUCAGCAGUUUUGCUCUCAAUGACCAAACAUUGGUCUACUUUGGUUACUACCACGGCCUUUUCGGAGAAGAUUUGUGGCGUGAUCUGAACACAAAUUGCUGUGACAAGGGAAACUGUAACUUUUACAACUCAAGUUCACAGACCUGCAAGACGCUGGUAAAUGUGGCCUUUGGUAUUGUGUAUAAUAGCGGACUGAAUGAGUAUGCCCUUUACUUAGAUUGUGAGGUUGGCAGAAGAUCCCACAAAGGCUACGAAAGGACCAUGAGUCACCUGUUUAAGAAUUACAAGAAACAGCCACACACUCACAAGGUUUCAGGUGGAGUUUCCUCCUCCAUCUCUCUGGGUGAAGUCCCUCCCUGCAUCAACAGUACGGCUCAGAUAACCUGGCUGAACCGAGGCGAUGUCAGGAAAGCUUUACACAUUCCAGACACACUGCCACCAUGGGACCUCUGCAGUGAUGCUGUUGGAGAGCAAUAUACCAACCUGUACCCAACAGUGAAGGACGUGUAUCUGAAGCUGCUGUCUCUGGGCCUGCGGGCUCUCGUCUACAACGGAGACACUGACAUGGCCUGCAACUUCCUGGGAGACCAGUGGUUUGUGGAAGACCUCGGCCUGAAGGCAACCACUAAGUACCAGAACUGGUUUCAUGAUGACCAGAUUGCUGGUUAUUACCAACAGUUUGGAAACAUCACUUUCCUGACAGUCAAGGGUGCAGGGCACAUGGUUCCUCAGUGGGCUCCGGGUCCAGCUUUCCACAUGUUCCAGUCUUUCAUAACAAAUGGCUACUACUGAGACAUGAUGGAGACUGCUGUAUGCAAUAUACCUGCACUUGUUAGAUGGUACAUUUUCUCAGGAAAGAUGAUUUUGGAGGGAAAAGGACUAUUAGGGAACUUAUUUUUAUCUGUAUUAUUCAGAGUACCUGCAGUGAAGUGUUGAGUAUUUGGAGAGGGAUACAUUAUUUCUAUUUACUUUGCUCUGCAUCACCUUGAAUUCCAAAAUCUAACAAUUAAAGGGCCAGCGUUUGGAUGUUUACAUAAAUAUUGAGCUUAUGGUGUAGGAAUUAAACCCUUUUUUUUAGACAGUUUUAUUUUUUUUAUUUUUUUAAAUUUUAAAAGGACUACAAAUAAUUGUGAAUACAAUAUUUAUUAUAUGGUUACCAGCCAGCUUCACUUCAUGCUCAGUUUGGGGAUUUGUGCCUUAAGUUUGAUUUUGAUUAGUAAAUAAAAAUCUUAAUCCAACUGAGCAAGUGCUUAUCUGACUGAUUUAACCUGUUAACGGCAUACUGUUUAACAAAAAUUCCCAGGUGGCCUUGUCUUAAUUAUUUUGGGGGG